GUAGGUAUCCGUGAUAUGGAUAUUCUACCCAAGGGUGUAGGCUUUGUCAAAGUUUCGACACCAAAAUCGGCACGCUUUACUAUUCAGACAAUUAUAAUACAACACUAGAUAUAGCAAAACGUAUAGAUAACAUAAACAACAAGUAAUGGCCAUGUUGAAAAGAGCAGAAAAAGUACGAUCUACCAAUGGUAAACCUCAGAUAUCAAGAUCCGUGGCAUCUAAAAGGCAAGUCAGUAAGCGCGAUGCAGGUACAGUGUUUAACAUCACAAACCCGAGCUCGAUAUCACUGACAGACAUGGACAAAUCUGUGAAGUGUGUGUCCUGUAGACAAUUCUACAGCAAAUAUGAGCACAUCCCACAUGUGUUGCCUUGCCUCCAUUCUUGCUGUUCAUCUUGUCUGAAAAAAUCUUUAAGACAUUCCAAAAUAAUUUGUCCCGAUUGCCAAGAAUCGUUCCAGCAUGACGGUAGAGACACCUCUAAGUUCCCGGUCGACACUUCGAAAAAACAUAUGGUGGACUUAUACUUGAUAAAAAAGACUCCGACUGAGUUUGUAUGUGAUCAGUGUAAAGAAUUAGCCACCGCACGUUGUAGAGAAUGUGAGGAGUUUUUAUGUCUAGAAUGCAGCCAGGCUCACCAGAAGACUAAACUCACCAAGGCGCACGGAGUGAUAAGUCUCGAUAAACUCCGAACGGCACCACUAGAAUCGUUCCACAACAAACCAACAUGUCAGUUACCCGGCCAUGAAGGCCACUCACUCGGUAAUUUCUGUGCCAAGACAACAUGCAAUCAGCCUGUGUGUAGGCUUUGUGUAGAUAGUAGCCAUCCCGAAAGUCAAGGACAUGUCAUUCGAGAUAUCAACGAUGUUUACGUUGAAAACAAACGACUGCUAGAGGGAUAUCUUAUUCACCUAAGGCAACAGUCUAAUUCUAUCAAGCAUAAGAUGAGUAAACUAGAGGAGGAGAGAAAAAGAGUUAAGAAGAAAGACAUUCAAGCUGACGAGGAACUGGAGCAGUAUUUCGAGUCGUGUACAAAUGCUCUCGAAAACCGUAAAAAGGAGCUCAAGACUCGACUUCAAAUUGCACGUGAAAACAACGAAGAGAAUCUAACGAAUACCAUUGUCGACAUUCAGAAACAGCAUAAACGCGUGAACCAGGCAUGCAAAUAUGCAGAAGAUCACCUGUCGCACAGCGAGGCGGCAGAGUUUUUAGAAGUUAAGGAUCCCGUGUUACAAAGGGUCUACACUUUGUCUCGAAAAGAUGUUAGCAAGAUCAGCAAUCCUGUAACGUGUGCUACACAAUUUGUACCACGUGGUAGUGCUGAUGACGCCAUGAAGUCUAUUCCAGAUGUUGAUGACGUGAUAGCUACUUCAGCAUUCCUACCAAACACCAAAGUGGAAACAAAUGACAUUUGUGAUGGCAAAGAGGAUAGCGUUGUUACUAUUACCCUGUUUGAUAAUCAAAACACACUUCUUCGAGAAAAAGGGGUCAAUAUCAAUGUGACGAUCGUUGACCCCAAAGGCAAAACCUGGGAUGCCAAGAUUAAAGACUGUGUCGAGUCUUAUGGUUGUUACAAAGCUCUCUACACUCCCGAUAAGCCAGGGGAGCACACAGCCAAUGUCAGCGUGUGUGGUGGUCAUCUGAAGGCGGAAGGUUACCCAUUUUAUGUACAGAAGUCUGACGAGCUGUCUUUGGAUUUGUCAGAAAUAGAAUCAUCUAGAUCAACAGGCGAAAAAGAAAGUUGGAUUUCCGAGAGGGCGAUGUCUCAAAAAGACCCGGAACUGAUCUUUCCAAACAUCGACUUCGACAGUUCCAGAUGCAAUUUACAAAACACAGUUUCAAAGAAUAACCAGCGACUGACAAACAAAAAAUCUUGUGGACCUUCGUCUAGGGUAGCAGACCACGCUUUCGUGAACUACCGCGGAACCAUCAGCACCCGUCCACUCGGUAAAACAGGACAGCACUACUUCGAAGUACAGAUACACUUGUUCAUCAAGAGACAGCUUCGUCAAGAACUCAUGUUUGAGAUAGGUCUGUCAAGGAAAGCGCACAUCGACAAGCAUUACACGGUCGACUGCCAUCCAGAUGCUUGGGUUUUCUGUGCUCGACGAUGCUCCAUCUGCGAAUCCAUCUGUCUCCAGGCUUGGCAUAACAAUUCGAAAUUGUUUCACACUCCCAUGACAGACGGGAAAAGUCCUGGCACAACCUUCAAAGCAAUCUACGGAUUUCUGCUCGAUACGGAACGUCAGCAGUGGUUCCUGAUUGACGCAAAGUCAAGAAAGUGUAUCUUCAGAUUUCGAAAUGUUGACACCAGUAAGCCUCUCUGGCCAGCGUUUGCUAUCUAUAAUCCUGACCUGGUCGACGUAACGAUGACACUGCGGUCUGGUAAUGGUAUCACAGGAGAACCAGAUGUUCCAAUAGACGUUUGAAUCGAACCGGGUUCCAAUUUUAAGUAAAACUCGAUCAAAUAUUACAUCAUCUUGAAGUAAUCACUGUUACAAUAAACAUCGUUGAUGUUUUGGAAACGGUUUCCCUUGCUUAAAGAACAAGGGAGUUAUAUGUUGUUCUCUACAUAACGAAUAACUAUCUGCAUCCAUCGUUUAUACCUGCGUUUAUAGAUCGUAAAUCUCUGCUUUUCGCAGGCUUGGUAUAUGGUACACCUUAUCUGAUUUGGUAUAUGGUACACAGUAUCUGAUAUGGUAUAUGGUACACAGUAUCUGAUAUGGUAUAGGGUACACCGUAUCUGAUUUGGUAUAUGGUACACCGUAUCUGAUCUGGUAUAUGGUACACCGUAUCUGAUUUGGUAUAUGGUACACAAUAUCUGAUUUGGUAUAUGGUACACCGUUUCUGAUUUGGUAUAUGGUACACAGUAUCUGAUAUGGUAUAUGGUACACAGUAUCUGAUUUGGUAUACGGUACACCGUAUCUGAUUUGGUAUAUGGUACACCGUAUCUGAUUUGGUAUAUGGUACACCGUAUCUGAUUUGGUAUAUGGUACACCGUAUCUGAUUUGGUAUAUGGUACACCGUAUCUGAUUUGGUAUAUGGUACACCGUAUCUGAUUUGGUAUAUGGUACACCGUAUCUGAUUUGGUAUAUGGUACACCGUAUCUGAUUUGGUAUAUGGUACACCGUAUCUGAUUUGGUAUAUGGUACACCGUAUCUGAUUUGGUAUAUGGUACACCGUAUCUGAUUUGGUAUAUGGUACACAGUAUCUGAUUUGGUAUAUGGUACACAGUAUCUGAUUUGGUAUAGGGUACACAGUAUCUGAUUUGACUGAUAUGAUUCGUAGUAAAAAUAAUAUUCAGACAGAAACAUGCAUAUACACAAACACACACACAUAUACAUAGCUUACAUACGUACGU